AUCAGAUGGGUGAUGUUUUGAACUUAAGCUAUAAAUACUUCAUAUGAAAAAAUAAUAUUUGUAUCAUCUGAAAGAGAAACAAAAUAAAAGAUCUCUUAUCACUUUCUGGCUGCCUGUCCAAAACUGUUGAAAUCCAGAUAUUUGUCUCAGGAUCAAGUAAUAGAAUUAAUAAAUAGAAAAGAUUGGAUAGCAUUGGUAAAUUACUGCAGAUUUGUUUCCUAUAGAAUAAUGCUCACCAGAGAAUUUAACUAUUAAUAUAUUAAAGAAUUUUGGUACCACAAUUUUGGUUUGUAAAAUCAUCAUAUAACUUAUCAUAUAUGUUAUUUAUUAUUUAUGUAAAUAGAUUGAAAAUAAUUUUGUUAUGUAACACCGACUCCUCGGACAGUUAGCAGACCAUGUAGUGUGUCUGAUUUUCGGUUUAAAUGCUAAAAUAUUAUUAUUUUCUUAAAAUUAAUAUUUUGUAAUUUUGAUAAAUAAAAAGACUUAUCUUCUUAUUCUAUAUUAUGUUGAAAAAACAAAACAAAAAAAAAACAGUAUGUAUUUAAAGUUCAGGAAGAACUUAAAACAUUCUUUGCAGUAAAAUACUAUAAGUUUUCUUUAAAUAAUUUAGUUGGUGAUUCAUUAUUAUUUCAUAAAUUGAAUGGUCUAGGCCUGAUCUGUGACAAUAUCAGGGAGAGUUUUCAUAGACAUUGUCAUUAUUAUUAUUAGUUGUGAACAUAUUGGGAGAGAUGAGGACACUCGUGAGAGACCGGGGAAUGCCUGGUUACGAUGGCUGGAUAUAACUAUGCUGAGAGGUAUAAGGAGGAAGGAAAAACAGAAGAAGUGAACAUAGUGCUGGUACAAGAGUUUGUCAGUUAAGUUUUAGUGAUUGAGUAUUCUUAAAGGAAGGAAGGCUCAAUAGAAUUUUCAGAUAAUCAACGGAUGAGGGUUGUUGAUAACCUAAACAAACGGAAGAAAAUAAUCCAGGAGGACACUAUUGAGGAUUUGAACGGACGAUGGGUAGUGACCUUGAAAGGAACCUUCAGAAAUAAUACUUCUCCACUCUCCACUGUGCAAUUUUGGAUAAACAUUAAAUAAGUCCUCCUGGACCAAUGGGUUUCACAAAUUCUCAUGGGGAAGCUUUCAAGGCAAGCUACAAAGUCUUAUCUAUUAAGAUUUUGGCCAUGACUUCAUUGCAUUUAAUGGAUUAACAUCCAUUUUGAUGAGAACUAUGAGAAUUUAUGUCCUCAGUGUUCGGGUGAGGAGAAUUUCCCAUGGUUUAUGGAAUUCAUUAAUGGCUGGAAGGUGGCAGUGGGUUGAGACCACUUCAACAUUGGAGCCUUUAGAACAGAACCAGUUAGAAACAUAACCAGAAGACAUGAUAUGUUAUGCAAUUAUGUGUAACAUGCCAUUACUAUGCAUAUAUAUAUUUUCUGAUAGGCAACAAGGGAGAUAACUAAACCACAUAGAUAACUAAAUCUAGUGUAGUUCAGUUCAGUUCACGCCAUGGCUUGUGAUGAAAAAAAAAUAUCUUGUUCUAUAAAUAACACUUCAGUUGUAAAAUGAGUUUUCUAAGAGAAAAAGAAAAAAAAAAACAUGGAGUAAAUUUGCUAAAUUUCACAUUUUUUAAAUUGUUUUUAAAAUUUUAAUAUGUAAUCAAAGAAACUUUCACUGGCUGGAUCAGAGUUUCUUGUGGGCCAUAGUUUGGAUACUCCUGAUAUAUACCAUCAUUCAUGUUUUUUUUUUUGGUUUAUGUUCAAAUUUAUUAAUAAUAAUAUUUAUGAUAAACUCAGUUUUGAAUUUAAAAUAUUUGUUUCAGGCAAAAAUGAGGCUUUAAGGCCACGAGUUGGUCCUGGUUACGUUCCAUCAAUGAGGAGAACGGCUUCAUUGGACACAAUCUAUCUCACGGGUCAAUGGCCAAGGGAAUCGUUGUAUUUGAGCAAUCUUCAAGUCGAUCGUUCCACUCAGACUGAAGACUGGUAUGGAGAUCCUCGUAAGGUUCUUAGGCAUCAGGAUUCUGGAAACGAGGAUAAGUUAGAGAAACUUAUUCGGCACAGAAUGCAGAGAACAAAGGAAGGCUCCAGUCGGGAGAGAACUGCAGCUUUCUCCUUACUCGGCGGUGGAGAUACUCACAUCUCACACCGACACCGCAUGAGAAGCUCUAUUGAAGGGCUCAAUCAAGAAAUUGAAAGGCUAGUGCUUCGAUCUACACCGAGUUUUGGCGGUCUUGAGAGGGAAGAGAGGAAGGGAGUUGAAAAUACUCCAGAGGGUCACAGAGCACCAGUGGCCGAUUUGUUAAGAGAAACGAGGUCUGUUAAUACGCAGACCCCAGCGUUCACUGCUCCGUCAUCAGGUCCUCCUUCGAGGAAUUCACCUGGCGGAGGCCCUUUUAGCAACAUCUCCGAUUCGAGGCCUUCUAGCGAAAUGCAUGACGUGAGUGAAGAUUCUUCGCCUGAACAGGAAGGUCGUGGUUUGGGAACAUCCCCAAGAAUAAAUAGGUUCUUGGCACGGGAACCCCCGGAUGGGUGCGAAAGAGUUAGUACUAGGUUUACCGAAGACAGAAGACCAAUGGUUGAUAUAUCAGAGAUGGACUAUCCGUUGAAGCCGAGUAUGAACUUCCAGCUCAAACCUAGCCUCGGUUCUGCUUUCCAACCUCUCAGGUCCACGCAGUAGCCAAUAGUAAUCUAUAUUUACUCAUUUAACUGGAUAAAAUGUCGAACUGUUAGAUUACAGUUACUUAAUUUAUGUAUGCAUAAAUAUAUAUAAAAACAAAUAUAUAUGUAUG